AUGGGGGGGGCUUGUGGUGGUGACUUGAGGGGCGCUUUUGUGGUCUCCGCUUUAGUGGUGGUGGUAGAGGUGGCCUCAGCAGAGGGGAUGGGGGUGGGGGACGCGUGUGGUGGGGGGGUGGAGGACGUGUGUGGUGGGGGGGUGGAGGACGUGUGUGGUGGGGGGGUGGAGGACGCGUGUGGUGGGGGGGUGGAGGGCGACGAGGUCUUUAUAGAGGGAUCACGCAGGGAUGCAGGUGCUUGGGUUGGUGGGAUGGAGAGAAGCGAGGCGAGAGAAGCGGCAGUGGCGGGUGAGGCGGCUGCUCCCGGUGGGAUGGUAAGGAAACAGCUGCUCUCGCUCCUGCAGCAGCGACUGCCAUUGCUAAACCAGACAGUACCGGGCAGCCUACUGCCGUUUCCACAUAACACCACACCACUCACCGUGCCUCUCUGCCACCCCUCGCAUCUUCUCCCUCAGGUAAGGAAAGAGCUGCUCCCUCUGCUGCAGCACAGCACAGAGAUGCUGUACAUACACCAGAGACCACCAGAUAGGCUACUGCCGUUUCCACAUAACACCACACCACUCACCAUGCCUCUCUGCCACCCCUCGCAUCUUCUCACUCAGGUAAGGAAAGAGCUGCUCCCUCUGCUGCAGCACAGCACAGAGAUGCUGUACAUACACCAGAGACCACCAGAUAGGCUACUGCCGUUUCCACAUAACACCACACCACUCACCAUGCCUCUCUGCCACCCCUCGCAUCUUCUCCCUCAGGUAAGGGAAGAGCUGCUCUCGCUCCUGAAGCAGCGCCUGCCAGCCGCUCGCCCCCAGGGAGAGAAGGGUUAUGAGGACGAUGGCCGAUAUGGAGGCACGGCCUGGGGUGGGGUGACCUGGGGGAUGGGAUGGGGGAUGGGGUGUGGGAUGGGGUGUGGGAUGGGGUGUGGGAUGGGGUGUGGGAUGGGGUGUGGGAUGGGGUGUGGGAUGGGGUGUGGGAUGGGGUGUGGGAUGGGGUGUGGGAUGGGGUGUGGGAUGGGUGUGGGAUGGGGUGUGGGAUGGGGUGUGGGAUGGGGUGUGGGAUGGGGUGUGGGAUGGGGUGUGGGAUGGGGUGUGGGAUGGGGUGUGGGAUGGGGUGUGGGAUGGGGUGUGGGAUGGGGUUGUGGGAUGGGGUGUGGGAUGGGGUGUGGGAUGGGGUGUGGGAUGGGGUGUGGGAUGGGUGUGGGAUGGGGUGUGGAUGGGGUUGUGGGAUGGGGUGUGGGAUGGGUGUGGGAUGGGGUGUGGGAUGGGGUGUGGGAUGGGGUGUGGGGAUGGGGUGUGGGAUGGGGUGUGGGAUGGGGUGUGGGAUGGGGUGUGGGAUGGGGUGUGGGAUGGGGUGUGGGAUGGGGUGUGGAUGGGGUGUGGGAUGGGGUGUGGGAUGGGGUUGUGGGAUGGGGUGUGGGAUGGGGUUGUGGGAUGGGGUGUGGGAUGGGGUGUGGGAUGGGGUGUGGGAUGGGGUGUGGGAUGGGGUGUGGGAUGGGGUGUGGGAUGGGGUGUGGGAUGGGGUUGUGGGAUGGGGUGUGGGAUGGGGUGUGGGAUGGGGUGUGGGAUGGGGGUGUGGGAUGGGUGUGGGAUGGGGUUGUGGGAUGGGGUGUGGGAUGGGGUGUGGGAUGGGGUGUGGGAUGGGGUGUGGGAUGGGGUGUGGGAUGGGGUGUGGGAUGGGGUGUGGGAUGGGGUGUGGGAUGGGGUGUGGGAUGGGGUGUGGGAUGGGGUGUGGGAUGGGUGUGGGAUGGGGUGUGGGAUGGGGUGUGGGAUGGGGUGUGGGAUGGGGUGUGGGAUGGGUGUGGGAUGGGGUGUGGGAUGGGUGUGGAUGGGGUGUGGAUGGGGUGUGGGAUGGGGUGUGGGAUGGGGUGUGGGAUGGGGUGUGGGAUGGGGUGUGGGAUGGGGUGUGGGAUGGGGUGUGGGAUGGGGUGUGGGAUGGGGUGUGGGAUGGGGUGUGGGAUGGGGUGUGGGAUGGGGUGUGGGAUGGGGUGUGGGAUGGGGUGUGGGAUGGGGUGUGGGAUGGGGUGUGGGAUGGGGUGUGGGAUGGGGUGUGGGAUGGGGUGUGGGAUGGGGUGUGGGAUGGGGUGUGGGAUGGGGUGUGGGAUGGGGUGUGGGAUGGGGUGUGGGAUGGGGUGUGGGAUGGGUGUGGGAUGGGGUGUGGGAUGGGGUGUGGGAUGGGGUGUGGGAUGGGGUGUGGGAUGGGUGUGGGAUGGGGUGUGGGAUGGGGUGUGGGGAUGGGGUGUGGGAUGGGGUGUGGGAUGGGGUGUGGGAUGGGGUUGUGGGAUGGGGUGUGGGAUGGGGUGUGGGAUGGGGUGUGGGAUGGGGUGUGGAUGGGGUGUGGGAUGGGGUGUGGGAUGGGGUGGUGGAUGGGGUGUGGAUGGGGUGUGGGAUGGGGUGUGGGAUGGGGUGUGGGAUGGGGUGUGGGAUGGGGUGUGGGAUGGGGUGUGGGAUGGGGUUGUGGGAUGGGGUGUGGGAUGGGGUGUGGGAUGGGGUGUGGGAUGGGGUGUGGGAUGGGGUGUGGGAUGGGGUGUGGAUGGGGUGUGGGAUGGGGUGUGGGAUGGGGUGUGGGAUGGGGUGUGGGAUGGGGUGUGGGAUGGGGUGUGGGAUGGGUGUGGAUGGGGUGUGGGAUGGGGUGUGGGAUGGGGUGUGGGAUGGGUGUGGAUGGGGUGUGGGAGGUGUGGGAUGGGUGUGGGAUGGGGUGUGGGAUGGGGUGUGGGAUGGGGUGUGGGAUGGGGUGUGGGAUGGGGUGUGGGAUGGGGUGUGGGAUGGGGUGUGGGAUGGGGUGUGGGAUGGGGUGUGGGAUGGGUGUGGGAUGGGGUGUGGGAUGGGGUGUGGGAUGGGGUGUGGGAUGGGGUGUGGGAUGGGGUGUGGGAUGGGGUGUGGGAUGGGGUGUGGGAUGGGGUGUGGGAUGGGGUGUGGGAUGGGGUGUGGGAUGGGGUGUGGGAUGGGGUGUGGGAUGGGGUGUGGGAUGGGGUGUGGGAUGGGGUGUGGGAUGGGGUGUGGGAUGGGGUGUGGGAUGGGGUGUGGGAUGGGGUGUGGGAUGGGGUGUGGGAUGGGGUGUGGGAUGGGGUGUGGGAUGGGGUGUGGGAUGGGGUUGUGGGAUGGGGUGUGGGAUGGGGUGUGGGAUGGGGUGUGGGAUGGGGUGUGGGAUGGGGUGUGGGAUGGGUGUGGGAUCGGGUGUGGGAUGGGGUUGUGGGAUGGGUGUGGGAUGGGGUGUGGGAUGGGGUGUGGGAUGGGGUGUGGGAUGGGGUGUGGGAUGGGGUGUGGGAUGGGGUGUGGGAUUGGGUGUGGGAUGGGGUGUGGGAUGGGGUUGUGGGAUGGGGUGUGGGAUGGGGUGUGGGAUGGGGUGUGGGAUGGGGUGUGGGAUGGGGUUGUGGGAUGGGGUGUGGGAUGGGGUGUAGGAUGGGGUGUGGGAUGGGGUGUGGGAUGGGGUUGUGGGAUGGGGUGUGGGAUGGGGUGUGGGAUGGGGUGUGGGAUGGGGUGUGGGAUGGGGUGUGGGAUGGGGUGUGGGAUGGGGUGUGGGAUGGGGUGUGGGAUGGGGCAUGGGUUUGGCAUGUGAAGUGCAAAGCGUGGGGAAGAAGGUUGCUGCACUACUGCAGCAGUCGCUCUCCUCCAUACCCCUUCCUCCACGCCCCUUCCUCAUGCCCGCUCUGCCACGGCCCUUUCCUCCCCCCACCCCCCCUCUCCCUUUUCCACACCUCCAGCCCCCUCCUCCAUGGCCCCUCGUCCAUCUCAUUCCACCCACCCACCGGGGACGUGCCAUGGGCUCGACGUGAUCAGGACGUGCCAUGGGCUCGACGUGAUCAGGACGUGCCAUGGGCUCGACGUGAUCAGGACGUGCCAUGGGCUCGACGUUAUCAGGACGUGCCAUGGGCUCGACGUGAUCAGGACGUGCCAUGGGCUCGACGUGAUCAGGACGUGCCAUGGGCUCGACGUGAUCAGGACGUGCCAUGGGCUCGACGUGAUCAGGACGUGCCAUGGGCUCGACGUUAUCAGGACGUGCCAUGGGCUCGACGUGAUCAGGACGUGCCAUGGGCUCGACGUGAUCAGGACGUGCCAUGGGCUCGACGUGAUCAGGACGUGCCAUGGGCUCGACGUUAUCAGGACGUGCCAUGGGCUCGACGUUAUCAGGACGUGCCAUGGGCUCGACGUGAUCAGGACGUGCCAUGGGCUCGACGUGAUCAGGACGUGCCAUGGGCUCGACGUGAUCAGGACGUGCCAUGGGCUCGACGUUAUCAGGACGUGCCAUGGGCUCGACGUGAUCAGGACGUGCCAUGGGCUCGACGUGAUCAGGACGUGCCAUGGGCUCGACGUGAUCAGGACGUGCCAUGGGCUCGACUUGAUCAGGACGUGCCAUGGGCUCGACGUUAUCAGGACGUGCCAUGGGCUCGACGUUAUCAGGACGUGCCAUGGGCUCGACGUGAUCAGGACGUGCCAUGGGCUCGACGUGAUCAGGACGUGCCAUGGGCUCGACGUGAUCAGGACGUGCCAUGGGCUCGACGUGAUCAGGACGUGCCAUGGGCUCGACGUGAUCAGGACGUGCCAUGGGCUCGACGUGAUCAGGACGUGCCAUGGGCUCGACGUGAUCAGGACGUGCCAUGGGCUCGACGUGAUCAGGACGUGCCAUGGGCUCGACGUUAUCAGGACGUGCCAUGGGCUCGACGUGAUCAGGACGUGCCAUGGGCUCGACGUUAUCAGGACGUGCCAUGGGCUCGACGUGAUCAGGACGUGCCAUGGGCUCGACGUUAUCAGGACGUGCCAUGGGCUCGACGUUAUCAGGACGUGCCAUGGGCUCGACGUGAUCAGGACGUGCCAUGGGCUCGACGUGAUCAGGACGUGCCAUGGGCUCGACGUUAUCAGGACGUGCCAUGGGCUCGACGUGAUCAGGACGUGCCAUGGGCUCGACGUUAUCAGGACGUGCCAUGGGCUCGACGUGAUCAGGACGUGCCAUGGGCUCGACGUGAUCAGGACGUGCCAUGGGCUCGACGUGAUCAGGACGUGCCAUGGGCUCGACGUGAUCAGGACGUGCCAUGGGCUCGACGUGAUCAGGACGUGCCAUGGGCUCGACGUUAUCAGGACGUGCCAUGGGCUCGACGUGAUCAGGACGUGCCAUGGGCUCGACGUUAUCAGGACGUGCCAUGGGCUCGACGUGAUCAGGACGUGCCAUGGGCUCGACGUUAUCAGGACGUGCCAUGGGCUCGACGUUAUCAGGACGUGCCAUGGGCUCGACGUGAUCAGGACGUGCCAUGGGCUCGACGUGAUCAGGACGUGCCAUGGGCUCGACGUGAUCAGGACGUGCCAUGGGCUCGACGUGAUCAGGACGUGCCAUGGGCUCGACGUUAUCAGGACGUGCCAUGGGCUCGACGUGAUCAGGACGUGCCAUGGGCUCGACGUUAUCAGGACGUGCCAUGGGCUCGACGUGAUCAGGACGUGCCAUGGGCUCGACGUUAUCAGGACGUGCCAUGGGCUCGACGUUAUCAGGAGCCCUGA